UUAACCUGUAAGAGAGGUGAUAUGUUAUUGGACAUGGAACACCAUUCGGGUCUGAUGUCCCUAAACAUGUCCCCGUUCCACUUGAGUCCCCAGGGGAGUCCGCACGGGCCGACUGGCGCCCAGCAGCAGCAGCAGCAACAACAGCAACCUCAGCAGCAACAGUCCCAUAAUUCCUCGUACAGCUCCUCGUACAGUAGCUGUGCACAGAGUCCCCCAACGACGAUGUGCCAGCAGUCCCAAAGCUCCCAGAGCCAAGGCCCGGGAAACCCCAAUCAGAGCCAGAACCCUAAUCAGAACCAGAAUCAGGCGGGAAAUGUCCUGGGGUUCGAGUCGGCCUUCUUCGACGCGAUCGCGCUCGAGGAGCGGUGUCCCAUGUGCGGCGACAAAAUGUCCGGGUAUCAGUACGGGCUUUUGACGUGCGAGUCCUGCAAGGGAUUCUUCAAGCGCAACAACUCCCCCUGCAGCAACAAAAAAGUCUACACCUGUCUGUUUUCUCCCACAGGCGGAGGGAACUCCUCGGCGAGCAACAGCGGGCUGGACACCGGGGGCUACGCUGGGAACGGGACCUCCUUGCCGGCCAACUCCUCGACGAACCCCGCGGGGAACCCUGGCCAGAGUGUCGGCAGCACGGGCCAGGUAGUUCCUCCGGGGAACGUCUGCCAUCCUGGGCUCGGGCAAGUUGGGAUUGUCACCGGAUCUGUGCCCGGUCCUUCGGACUAUCCGGACACCAAAGACGUUAUCGAGGAACUGUGUCCGGUGUGCGGCGACAAAGUGUCCGGGUACCAUUAUGGAUUACUCACGUGCGAGUCCUGCAAGGGAUUCUUCAAGCGUACUGUGCAAAACAAAAAGGUCUACACGUGUGUCGCAGAACGCUCUUGUCAUAUUGACAAGACUCAGAGGAAGCGCUGCCCAUUUUGCAGGUUCCAGAAGUGCCUUGAGGUCGGCAUGAAACUUGAAGCGGUACGAGCGGAUCGGAUGCGAGGGGGUAGGAAUAAAUUUGGACCUAUGUACAAGAGAGAUCGAGCGCGAAAGCUCCAGCUUCUGCGGCAACGUCAGCUCGCGCUCCAGACAAUCAGAGGGAGUCUGGGAGACCCAUCAAACUACCCAUCGGCGGUAACGCCGUUUCUCCAUAUAAAACAAGAAAUUCAAAUACCUCAGGUCUCGAGUUUGACGUCUUCGCCGGACUCGAGUCCUUCCCCAGCUGCGGUAGCCGCUGGACUCGUCACCACCCAGCCCAGCGGCAACACCACCAGUAGCAACAACAACAACAACAACAACAACAACAACAACAAUAACAACAAUAAUAAUAAUAAUAAUAAUAACAACAAUGGCGGUGGUAAUGCAGGUCAGCAUCAGUUGAUAGCGCCUUCGACGCAACCGACGUUGUCGGGCGGCAACCAUCUGUACAACCCGAACCCGAGCCUCGACGGGAAGCUCUGGGCCGCAAACUCCACUACCUCCAGUCCCAAGGCCUUCAACUUUGGCGAACAGUCCAGCCAAGGGCACGGUCCUAACUCCGGGACUACCUCAUCAACAGCCACCACACUUAAAACUAGUCCGAUGAUCCGCGAAUUUGUACAAUCUGUCGACGACCGCGAAUGGCAGGCCUCCCUCUUCGGGCUUCUGCAAAAUCAAACAUAUAAUCAGUGUGAAGUUGAUUUAUUUGAACUUAUGUGCAAAGUGCUCGAUCAGAAUCUCUUUUCGCAAGUCGAUUGGGCGAGAAAUUCCGUCUUCUUCAAAGAUCUCAAGGUUGAUGACCAGAUGAAAUUACUACAACAUUCGUGGUCGGAUAUGCUAGUACUUGAUCAUCUUCACCAGAGGUUACACAAUAAUUUACCCGAUGAAACAACACUGCACAACGGCCAAAAAUUUGAUCUCCUCUGUCUCGGCCUACUUGGUGUUCCCUCACUCGCCGAUUUAUUUAAUGAUUUGUCCCAAAAACUCCAAGAACUUAAAUUCGAUUUGUCGGAUUACAUUUGUGUCAAAUUUUUGAUGCUACUUAAUCACGAGGUACGAGGCCUGGUGAACAAAAAACAUGUCCAAGAGGGUCACGAGCAAGUACAACAAGCACUUUUGGAUUAUACAUUAACGUGUUAUCCAUCCCUACCGGAUAAAUUUAAUAAACUACUGGCAGUAUUACCAGAAAUUCACGUAGUAGCAAGCCGAGGUGAAGAUCAUCUCUAUCAAAAACACUGCAACGGUGGUGCCCCAACGCAAACCUUACUUAUGGAAAUGUUACACGCCAAGAGAAAAUGA